AGAGCGAGAGCGCAGGGAGGGGGGAAGGAGGCUGGCUGGCUGGCUGUGGAGGAAUGUGGGAGGCAGACGCGGCUGGAACCGAGGGGGGUCCUUGGCAGCUGGGUUGCAGGAGGCGGGCGGAGAGGAGCAAGAGAGGCUGGUGCCGGGGCUGGGGUGUGUGUGUGUGUGUGUGUGUGUGUGCAAGAAAGAGGGCAUUAGUAGUGGACACUGGGAACCGUCAUCUCGGUGUUUUCAACUCUGGACAGAAGAGUCCUUGUGUGAGUGGAGGAGGGGAGUCUCUCAGAAAGAUGGACAUUUGUAAAGAGCUUUUAAUAAGGAUCCUCUGAUGUUCUGAACUCCUAACUGGAUCUUCUGAUAUCAAAACUGAGAGAGAGUACAUUGGAACCAACAUGUAGCACAUGGCUGUUGCACCAUCAGACUUGCUGCUUCAAGUCAAGGCUUUUUUCUUCUAAAACUCAAUGUGCAUUCAGUAGUGAAUGAAUCAUUUUAGGACUUUUUGUUUCUUAGAUGCUGAAUAAGUUUUAACUAUAAAUUGGAUUUCACGUGGUGUGGGUUAAGCUGAGGAACCAUGAGUAGUAAUCUUGGAAAAGAAAAAGAUUGUAAAGAGAAGGACCCCAAAGUAUCUUCAGCAAAAGAGAGGGAGAAAGAGGCCAAGGCUUCUGGUGGAUUUGGGAAAGAAAGCAAAGAGAGGGAGCUCAAGACCAAAGGGAAAGAAGCCAAAGAUGGGAAGAAGGACUCCAGCGGCGCACAGCCAGGUGUGGCGUUUUCAGUGGACAAUACAAUAAAACGACCUAAUCCAGCUCCAGGUGCUCGCAAAAAAUCCAGCAAUGCCGAAGUGAUCAAAGAACUAAACAAAUGUCGGGAAGAAAACUCAGUGCGCUUGGACUUGGCCAAAAGGUCAAUACACCUGCUCCCAUCAUCUGUCAAAGAGCUAACACAGUUGACUGAACUUUAUUUAUAUAGUAACAAACUGCAGUCAUUGCCAGCUGAGGUGGGCUGCCUUGUUAAUCUGGUGACACUGGCCCUGAGUGAGAACUCGCUUACCAGCCUGCCUGACUCUCUUGAUAACUUGAAGCAACUUCGCAUGGUUGAUCUACGGCAUAACAAACUUAGAGAAAUUCCUCCAGUGGUGUAUAGGCUAACCUCCCUUACCACACUUUAUCUACGCUUUAAUCGUAUCACAGCUGUGGAAAAGGAUAUCAAAAACUUGUCAAUGCUCACCAUGCUCAGCAUACGGGAGAACAAAAUCAAACAACUGCCUGCAGAAAUUGGUGAAUUGUGUAACCUCAUAACGCUGGAUGUAGCACACAAUCAGCUUGAGCAUCUUCCAAAGGAGAUUGGAAAUUGCACGCAGAUCACCAAACUUGACCUACAGCACAAUGAACUGUUGGACCUCCCAGACAGUAUAGGAAAUCUGUCCAGUCUGAAAAGCCUUGGUCUGAGGUAUAACCGGCUCUCAGCAAUACCCAGGUCGCUAGCACAGUGCGGUAAACUUGAUGAGCUGAAUUUGGAGAACAACAAUAUUUCUACUUUACCAGAGGGUCUCUUAUCCAGUCUUGUGAACCUGACUAGCCUAACUCUGGCAAGGAACUGUUUCCAGUCAUAUCCAGUGGGUGGCCCUUCACAAUUCUCUACCAUCUAUGCUCUCAACAUGGAGCACAACCGCAUCAAUAAAAUUCCCUUUGGGAUUUUCUCUAGAGCAAGAGUGUUGAGUAAGCUGAACAUGAAGGACAAUCAACUGACUUCCCUUCCCCUGGAUUUUGGGACAUGGAUAAGUAUGGUAGAACUCAAUUUAGCUACAAAUCAACUCAACAAAAUCCCUGAAGAUGUUUCUGGACUAGUUUCCCUAGAGGUUCUUGUUUUAUCAAACAACCUUCUAAGAAACCUGCCUCAUGGCAUUGGAAAUCUGCGGAAACUAAGAGAACUGGAUCUAGAGGAAAACAAGUUGGAAUCCUUGCCACAGGAAAUUGCAUACCUGAGGGAGCUGCAGAGACUAAUCCUAACAAAUAAUCAGUUGAGCACUCUUCCUAGAGGAAUAGGCCACCUCACCAAUCUGACACAUCUGGGACUUGGAGAGAAUUUUCUUACACAGCUUCCUGAGGAAAUUGGUCCACUGGAGAAUCUGGAAGAACUAUAUCUGAAUGACAACCCCCACCUGAACAGCCUUCCUUUUGAACUGGCACUCUGCAGUAAACUUGCUAUAAUGAGCAUUGAGAACUGCCCACUCAAUACCCUUCCAGCUCAAAUCGUUGCAGGGGGACCUUCCUUUAUCAUCCAGUUCCUCAAAAUGCAGGGACCAUAUCGUGCCAUGAUCUGAUGGAUAUCAAGUGUACAAAAUACAAAUGGCAUUGAGGGUUUCAUUGUGUAUAUAAUUUCUAGGCCACAUGGUGCCAGGAUUGGAUAAAAAUUGUCCCAUACACUGUACAAAAUGCAGACAGCAUUAUCAGUAUUGUGUAUGCAUGUAUAUAUAAUAUAAUAUAUAGAUUGUAUAUUAUAUUAUAUAUAAAACAAAUAAUAUAAAACAGGCAAAUUUUAAGACCACAUGUAUGUGUUUCUGCUAAUAGAGGAAGUAUAGCCAUUUAGAUUUUUUUUCUCUCUGUAAAAUGCUUGUCUAAGUUUUCUUUGCUGAAUUUGACGGAUGUCUCUGGAGAUACCAGUUCACUGAAAACAAUUGCCAAUAAUUACUAAUCAAUUUAAGUGACAUGAAUGGAGCCCUCUUCCCAUGGAAAAAAAACACGCAACUUGGUAACAUGAACUUUUCUUUAUCGUUCCCCUCUGCACACAUUGUCUGUGUCAAAAGCCCUCUGGGAUAAUUUUUCUCUAGUUGGGGAGAUACUUUAACUUAUUUUAAGAUUUGAAACAAAUAGUGUUGUAUGUUGUUUACAGUCAGAGUAGAUCACUGGAUUUUUAUUUUUUGUUUGAUUUGCUCUGUAUUAAUCAUAUCUAGAAUUUAUAUGCUUUUGCUGAGGGCUUUUUAUUGACUGAUUUAUAUUAAAACAAAAACAUAAGCAUCUGGUAAAUAGGAAAAAAUCCUGUCCAACAAAAGCUUGAAUUUUAAAUAUUGCCUCCCUAAAUUAUCAGUUGUAGGCAUAUCAUAUUUGAACCAGGUUUUUUUUUUAAUGGUUUGUCUCAUCUAGCACAAGCAACAUUUUCUGAUUAGAAAUGGAACAGAUCUGUUGAAAAGCUACAUGUUCUGUUAAGGUCUAAUAGUGCAUUGAUGAGGAAAAUAUAUAUGAUGAUGAUACUGUCCUAAAAUACAAUGGGCAAUUGUAAGGGUUUCUCCUGGUCUUUGUACAAUUAAUGAAUGUGUCUUUCUUUGAAACACUGCAGUAUAUGUACGAUUUUACGGUUGAUUAACAAUGUUACUCUGGUUUUAUAUUUUGACUUGCCUUGUGCAUCCUUCCAUUAUUAUGGAGCAUCUGCGUCCAAGCACAAUAUCUUCAUGCUGUGCUGUUUUGCUGCUGAACUAAAUGCACUUUUCCCCACAGUUGGGACACUUGCUCAAAGUAAUCAGUUCAGUACCAUGAUUUAUUCUCUUAACCUCAUCCUAUCAAUCUCAGUAUUAAAGACUGGUCUAUUAAAAAGGACACCCAUUCAGUUGUGUUUAGAACUUAAUUUCUCUUUAGAAAAACAGUAAAGUGGUUCAUAUGCUGGUUUUACUGUCAUUUUUGUGGCUGUACAAAGGGCUAAUAACAAUGCUGCGGUGAAAUAGACACAUGCUACUACACUUGCAGUGCCAUUUCAAGUUUGAUUUUUGGAAGCUCAUAAUAGCAGUUACAUUCCAUGUAUUUUUGUUUUCCAUGUCCAUUCUCUAUUGUGGGUUUGCUUCUGGACUACUAGAAUUUAGAGAAUGCUGUCUCUUUUGAACAAAUUAUACAUAGUAGUAGGCCGAAGAAUUGUUUUCAUCUGUUGGAGGUUUUACCAGUUUUAUUUGUAACAUUAAUAUAUAUUUCAAAUGCACAAUCCAGAGGUUGUCAGGCCUGUCUAUUCUAUUGAAAUCAAUAAGAUUUAAGCUUCAAGUUGUUAAGGCUGCAAUCCUGAGCACACUUACUAGGGAGUAAAUUCAACUGAAUUUGGAGAAGCUUGCUUCUGAGUUGCCAGUGCUUGUGAUGGCACCACAAGUCUUAUUGAUUAGAUGGGCUUCAGUGUCCUUGGCUUUCUUUGGGUUGAGUCCAGCAUAAUUUUCUGCCUUGGUUUACUUUCUCAGAGAUAAGUUCUAGCUUGCACUCUGUCAGGAUUAGUUUUAAAAUAUAUAAAAAGGCAAGUAGAGAUAUAAAAUCGUUAAAGGACUUAAUCUGAUAUUAAAAACUAUUCUAAAUGUCACUGGAUUUAUAGAGGAAUAUUAGUUUCUACCACCUUUGAGAAAUGUCUAACAGCUAUUUCACUUUUAUUUUUUGUUUAUAAAAAUGUAUAGUUUCAGCUAUGCGCAAACCUAUCCAUCUGAGUAUUAAGAUGUUAACAUAUAAAGAUGCCUGUAGUGGUGGUUUUAUGCUGCAGCUGUAAAGUUGUCCCAUUGAUUCAGUAUGGGGUUUCCUUUUUUAUUCAUAAAAUUUGUUAAUGUGUCUCUAUAUGCCAUCCACAUGCACUUUUAUUUCAGGGCAGGAAUACCCUUUACAAGUCAGUUGUCUCUAUCUGUUACUUUAAAGCCAGAGUUUAGCCAUGUAUUGGAAAAUCUGUUCCUGGCUGAACUGGAGAACUCUCUUUGGAAAUUUUCACAGGGCUGAUUUCUGGAAUUAUGGGUAAAUGAAGUUGGGCGCCAUUUUUGGAACAGAUAGUUUUGUCUGUAAAUAUAUUAACAAGAUAGUUCAUCUUGCCAAGGAUUAUAUGACGGAUACUGUUUUUCCUCUCUCCAGAAAAUCACCUGCAUGUUAAAAACUGAUUUUAUUUAUUUAUACACUUCUUUAAAACCCUAGAUUUUGUUAAACCAGUCCAACAAUUAUCAUCCAGAAUUGAAUGUAAACAAAUGUCAAAAACAAAUUCUUGUGUUAAGUAUUGCUCUUCAAUGAGAAAUACUCCCAAAUCCCACUUGAGUUAACUUUUUGUUCUAUAAGCACUACCAAAGGGAUUGGGAAUAAAUAAAUUCUGAGCUAAAAAGAAUUCAUAAAAUAUUUUCACAAAAUGCAGAUAGCUAUCACUCAUUGACAUCCUAACAAAGUGUGCAUGUGAGAAGGGGCUGUGGGAACAUGCCAGGAUCCCUUGCACAACUCUCCCAGUCCCCCGCACAUGCAUUGUUGUGCAAGAGCUAUUAGAGCUUGGUGAGCUGCCUGCACUCCAAAAGUGCUUUGUAAGAUCCAGGGAAAUGUUGCUGACUCUCAGCAGUGUGUUUCAGAUCUUAUAGAACACUUCUGGACCACAGGCGAUGCUCCAAACUCUAAUGGCUCUUGUGCAAAAAUACGUGUGCCGAGGGCCUGGGGAAGUUGUGCGAGGGCUCUCAUCUCACCCCCACAGUGCAUCCUUAUGCAUGUGUUUCCUUAGAAUGUCAGCCACUGGAUUUUAAAACUUGAUUUUUUAAUUAUUCAAAUCCAUUGUGUGUCCUGGCAUAUCUUUACUUUCUUUGGCUGGACAAUGGAUUUUUACUUAUUUAACUACCUAAAUCUAGCAAGGAUGGUUGAAGAAUGAAAUCUGUAUCAAAAUUGGAGCAGAAUUCUAGGCUUUAUGUUGUACUGAGGCAUUGUUAAGAUAGACGAACAUAUAUCCAGAUACUGUUUGGCAGGGAGGGAGAAUAUCCUUUUAAAGCGCUAAUGUAUCCCUUGCUUUUGUAUACUAGUGCUUUCCUGAUUCAGUUCUGUUUUUGUGAUGCUUCAAAUAUUUGUGACAAUCUUUUCAAGUCCACUUCAAGAGUUUCGAUGGAAGUCAGUUUGUGCCCUCCAGUGUUCGUCAUGGAAACAUCUGCAAAUCUGUUUGGAGCACUCCUAGUGGAUUGUUUCUUACAGUAUCACAAAUGUGUGUUUCUGGUACAAGGACCCAACUGGCCACCUUGUGUGUGUCUAAGAAACCUCUGUAGUCCUGGUAUAGCAGCCGCAAUCAGUGCUGCAGUUGCUAUACUGUCCUCAAACUGCUGUAGACUAUGAAUUAUGUAUUGAACUAUGUUGUACAAUGAGCCUGCUCAUUUCUAGCAGAAAUAAGGGCUGUAUACAUAGCCCAUAAGGUUGUCUUUAAUGGAUCAGCCCCAUACCUCUGUAAUAAAACAGCAAACAGGAUUUUAGUAGCAAAUUACACGUGGUACAGAGUUAGUUGAAGUGCUGCUUUAGCUGUAGCAGCACAAGCCAUCCUUUGCACCACUGAAGUAGCCCUUUAAAUUAAAUGCUAAAACAUCAUUUGUCCAACUCUGCUACAUUUAGAGGUAAUAUGGGAAUCUAACCUCAAUUUUUAAAGAUUGUUUUAUAUUGAAAUAUAAAGGAGGAAUUAAUUGGCACUACAACCUACUUUGAAACAAAUCUAUAUAUCUAUUUACAACACCCAUAGAUUCUAAAUGGCAGUUAAAAUGCUGGGUGGCAAAGGGAAGGGAAAGGGUUGGCUCUGCAAUUGGCCUUACAAAGACCUUUGCCUCAACUUCCUUGAAUGUUUUUAAAUUCAUUUUCUGCUAAAAUAUGUUUGCAGUGUUUUACUAUUUGAUGUUUUGGAAUCUACUUGUAAUAUGUAUUUUUGUGAUAUUUAGACUUUGGGGAGGGAGCUACUCUCUGAAAUGGUUUAGCAAAGUAAAUUUCCAAGUAUCACCCUUGACCAGAACAAUUUUUGAAAUUGGGCAUUGGAAUGGUUUUGUACUCAUUCAUAACAUAUCAAAGGAAACAAAAUGCCUUCCUGAUUUUUCAUGAACCUGAAUGCAGCAGAGCAUUUGUAUAGUCAAUAUUGCAUUUCCAUUAUAUCUGUAAUCAGCAUGUCAGGACUUGCGUUUAAUUAGGUAUACACUUGGCAGUAAUUUGCACAACACACCAACUUUAAAAGGCACAUGUAGGACAAUUACUAACAAUAUCUGCAAAAGAACAUCUGAUUUUUUAAAAAAAAUUCUACAAAGAUCUGAAGAUUCUGUAUUUUGAUGUUUAGGUCUUAAGCAGGACAAUGCAGGAUUCUGCCUGUGGAAGAGUGUAAAGAGUCUACAAAAAUAUACUUUCUGAAUUAUUGUAAUGUUGAUUGUUAUGUCUAUAAAAGAUUGCCUUGCUUUUUUAUAAGUCAUUCUGUAUCAAUGUAUUCAUUAUAAAUAGUAUAUUUGUAAAUGAGCUGCCACUGAGUCUUUUGGGCAUUUUCUAGUGGUAAUCAACUUGGCUUGUAAAUCUGUGCUGUAUCACAAAUGACUGAAAAUUAGAUUGCCAUUAUAGACCCCUCUAUCAAAAGUUCCUCACUCCCUCCAUUAUAAAACAAAGUUUAGAGAAUAUUGACCUUUAUUUCCAAAGUUGCAUGAUUAGAACUGAUCUAAAAAUAAACAAGUUGUAUAAGAUGCAGAACUUUAUAAAGGAAAUCUUAGUUAAAAUCCUUUAUUUCCUUUUUGUUCCAGUAAAUCAUAAUGUGCAAACAAUUGGAACACUCAGUUCAGUAGAUGGAAAAAAAUAAUCUUGAUAAUGGAUGUUGGUAUGCAUUGCAUUCUGUAUUUCAUAUAUAGAAUGCAAUGUGCAUCAAAUAUGGAGCAACCCCUGGAGCUAAUCAACUUUACUACAAUAAAACAUAUGAGAACUGCGGCAUCCUCUGAAUACUUGCAGAUCACAUAUAAUAUCUCAUUCCAGGUAGUUUGGGGCUGACUCAUAUUACAAGUUGGUGGCUUUUCUUGAUGAAAUAGCUGUGGUUACAACCAGACCAGACCUCCCAGAGGGUCUUGAAAGUUUUUAAGAUCUUACCACAUGGUAAGAUUUUAAUGGUACAGGAGAAGGGACCACAAUUUCUCUGAAGAAAAGUGGUUAUCUCUACCAAGAACAUAGAUUCAGUUCAGACAUAGCAGGCCAUGUCCUGUGCUGUGCAUAAAACAUGGUGAGCCUUGUGCUUCCUCCCCUCUGCUGGUAAAAGGAGGAAAUUAGAAGCUGCCUGUCAGUUUCAACAAACCAGAGUUUGCGGUUUCAUCUGAAAUGAGAAAACUGACUUGUGUAAAUGAUAGUUUGUUCUCAAACCAGGGUAUUAAACUGGAGGAAGGCGGAAGCAUGUGAGCCCAAGACACGCCACAGCCAUGCACAUAAACCAUGGUUUGUCAGUGUUUCUGAACUGGGCCAGUGUUCUGGUGUGGUAUAAAGUUCUCAAGAUGAGAAAAUCCUACCUUUUUAAAGAGCCAUAGCUUCAGAGAACUCGAAAAUCAUAUGAAUGUGUUUUUCAUGGCCACUUUUAGUUAUAUUUACACCUGCCAAGGUGUAAAACCAGCCAAGAGUGCCUGCUAUUAAUAGCGUCGCCUUUGCUCUCAUUCUCUGUUCUGCUCUAAUGCUAAGUCUGACCACCUUGGUGACCUUUUGCAAAUCACUUCUGUUGAUUUUCCUCACUGGUGUAUAAUCAGAAUAAUGCAGGGCUGCUGUAAGGAUUAAUUAAAGCUUAUCAAGGACUGGGAAGAUGAGUGCUAAAGGCGAGGGAAUUAUAUCAAUGUAAAAUAAUCCUAUUACAAAAUUAUACAUUUGGGUUAAAACGAUCAACAUGAGAAAUUACCCACUGCAGUAAUUUAUUUUCAUGAUUAAAUUAGUUACAAAUUACAUUAUUUUGGUCUAUUUUCUGCAUUGAAUAAUGGGGAACUGAUGAAUAGCAAGUUCAGGUUCCCAUUUCUGAAGGCCUGAGGACUUAUUUAAGGGUUGGAUAACUCAGUUCCAAGGUACUUGGGAGCUGCUUUUUUUCUUGUGCCCAUGGAAAAUCAUUGCUUAGGGCAAACUGAUCAUCUGAUGUGUUUGCCAAGAGCAGAAUCUGUAGUUCUGCAUGUUGCUGCAAGCCACCAUUGUGUGGGUUGGAUAAUAUGCAAAAUUGCAGGUUCUCCCUGUAGGUUUAUAUCAUCAUUGUGGUUCGUAUUCUGGCCAGUGCUACAGAUCUUGAAUGAGCAGUUAUUGUGGCACCCUUCAUUCUGAUAGGACUGCUUCACACACACAAAACUUGCUAUAUAAAUAUCUAUUCAAUGAAGGAAACUGCACAUGCACUCUUGCAUGAUGCACAUGUGGUAAGACAUGUAUUCAAGACAGGAAGACUACUUAAUUUGAAUUUAUUUUAUUGUUGUUCCUUGAAUGCCUUCAGUAGAUUCUUCUGCAUUUCGUUUUCAUGAUGUUUACAGGUGACCAAAACUAUAAAUUGGUUUUCUUUAA